CACACACACACACUCACACACACACCGGCUCCCUCUACAGCUGCUGUAAAACACAUCACGCACUCCAGUUACCUGUAAAACACACAUCGGCGUCGUCAUAUCGGGCUUAGAUUCGCUCAGGCUUGUUCUUAGCACAGAACAGAGUGAAGAUGAUCAAGCUUUUCUCGCUCAAACAGCAGAAGAAGGACGAGGAGUCUGCCGGAGGAACGAGAGCAGGAGUCGGCGGAAAGAAAGCGAGCGCGGCCCAGCUGCGGAUACAGAAGGACAUCAAUGAGCUGAACCUGCCGAAGACGUGCGAGAUCGUGUUCCCGGACCAGGACGACCUGCUCAACUUCAAGCUCAUCAUCUCACCGGACGAGGGUUUCUAUAAAGGUGGGAAGUUCGUCUUCAGUUUUAAGGUAGGACAGGGAUACCCUCACGACCCUCCAAAAGUAAAAUGUGAAACGAUGGUCUAUCACCCCAACAUUGACCUCGAAGGCAACGUCUGUCUAAAUAUUUUGAGAGAAGACUGGAAGCCAGUGUUGACGAUUAACUCCAUCAUAUACGGACUACAGUAUCUGUUCCUCGAGCCAAAUCCUGAAGAUCCCCUGAACAAAGAGGCAGCAGAGGUCCUGCAGACGAACCGGCGGCUCUUCGAGCAGAACGUCCAGCGGUCGCUGCGGGGCGGCUACGUGGGCGCCACCUACUUCGAGCGCUGCCUGAAAUAGUCUCGCGCCCGCCGGCCCUUACAUCCCAGAAUGCAUUUAUCGUUUACAUGCGCUGAGACGCACUGACCGACACACUGACCGCACACAGGACGGGGAGGGUUUCUGCAGCGGGUGGGUUUUUGAGGAACGGGCUCGGAAAGGCCGGUCAGUGAUUGUUGCUCAGAGAAUUCAGUCGUAUUUUGCCACUAUGCUGGUACCCACUGUUUAUUUUUGCUGAGAUUCACAUGCUAACUUAUCCUCCCACUCACAGAGAGCGAGACGGGCAGACCCGUACGACAGAGACACGCAUCCAGAUCAUUACGCUCGUAUUCCAUUACCGAGGCUCGAGGACUGAAUUCGUUCGGGCUUCGGCAACCGCGAAACCUGCCUCCGGUCGCACGUAUUCAACUCUGUUUAGUAGUCGCUCAUUUUUACGUUUGCAACCAAAAAAUAAAAAAUACAAAAAACAACGACAUGUAUAGCAUCGCAUUCGACCAAUUCUGAUAGCGUUGACAAAUUGAUAACCCGCUGAACCUAGAGACCGGUUAACACGAGAUUGACAGGAUCCGUCUGCUAAUUGGGCUGUUGUGAGCUUGGGAGACCUAUGAUGUUUUGCUAUAGUUUUCCUGGUUGGGAAUGGGUGGGAUUGGAUUUUCUUGAGGAAGAUUGACGUAGGGUUAGGAAUGGUUGCGUACAAUGUUACAAUUCUGUUGUGUAUAUUGAAAUCCCAGUUGUUCACGAUGACUGCAAUAUGAAUUAUGUUAAAUAAAAUAUUGACUUGAAUGCCUACAUUUUAAGAUUAGUGUAAACUACAACAGCAGAUUGUCUUUAAAAAAACAACAACAACAGCAACAAUAAAAUGUUUUAUCUGA